CUUCCACAAGCUUCACCCGGCGAGCAAGCUGGCUUUGUAGCCUCGCUUUGAAUUCACCGCUUUUCAAGGCUCGGCUUGCGCCACGCCCCGGUAAUUCACCCCCAGCAGCUCGUCGCCGUCGGACGUCUGCCCCACCAUCAACUUUGCACCUCACCCAGGCAACAAACCCCCUCCCUCCCUCUCCCACAACCCACAACCCACCUCUAAACCCUUCCGCCGGCUUAAAAUCAGCUUGGGGGCUUCCGCUGGCGCCACGACAAAGCAACUACAACUAUCCGGCAGGCUGUUCCUCUAUCCUGCGACUCAAAAUGUCUUUGUCAAUCGAGGAGCUUGACGCCACCGUGCGUGCCUUCUACGAAGGCCGCGGGGAAACGCAAAAGCAGGCCCAGGCUACGCUAAACCAGUUCAAAGAGAAUCCCGAUGCAUGGCUUCUGGUUGAUAAGAUUCUGCAAGAGGCGCAAUAUCCACAGACCAAGUAUUUGGGCCUGCAAGUCCUCGACCAGGUGAUCAUGACUAGAUGGAAAGUCUUACCCCGAGACCAGUGCCAAGGCAUUCGCAACUUCGUGGUAAAUUUCAUCAUCCAGCUCUCUAACACUGAAGAGAGCCUACGAGCCGAUCGCACCCUCUUGAACAAACUCAACCUCGUACUCGUGUCUGUCUUGAAGCAGGAAUGGCCCCACAAUUGGCCCACAUUCAUCAACGAGAUCAUCUCGUCGUGCCACAGCAGUCUGCCUAUAUGUGAAAACAAUAUGGCGAUCCUCCGCCUGCUUUCUGAAGAAGUUUUUGACUUCUCCGAAGAUCAAAUGACAUCCGCGAAGCGUAGGGAGCUCAAACAGAGCAUGUGCGAUGAAUUCACCUCUAUCUAUCAGCUCUGCUCGGAGGUCCUUCGUACGGCGACUGAAGCGAGUCUCAUCAAGGCGACCCUAGAGACUCUCCUCCGUUUCCUUAACUGGAUUCCUCUUGGCUAUGUCUUCGAGACUCCUCCCAGUGGUGACAGCCUUAUCGAAACGCUCCGAAGCCGUUUCCUAGAUGUGCCAGAGUUCCGCAAUAUUACACUGAAAUGCUUGACGGAAAUUGCAGGUCUCCACACUGAGCCUGCAUAUGACGAGAAGCUCGUUCAAAUGUUCACAGAGACUCUGACCGCGAUAUCGAAGAUUAUUCCGUUGUCAUUAGAUCUCAAGACUACCUAUGCAGGAAGCAAUAGCAAGGAUCAAGAAUUCGUGCAGAAUCUGGCUUUGUUUCUCUGCAACUUCUUCACGAUGCACCUGAACGUCAUCGAGAACCUCCCGAACCGCGAUUUCCUUACCCAUGGCCAUUUCUACUUAAUCCGCAUCAGCCAGAUCGACGACAGGGAAAUAUUCAAAAUCUGCUUGGAGUAUUGGACUAAAUUAGUGUCAGAGCUAUACGAUGAGAUGCAGGCCCUUCCAAUAACUGACAUGAAUCCCCUUCUCAACAUGGGACUUUCAUCAAAUGGAGGGGCCCGGGAUCCUUCGAUCCUGGCUAAUUACCCGUUGCGCAAACACAAAUAUUCGGAGGUUCUCUCUAACUUGCGAACGGUUAUGAUCGAGAAGAUGGUUCGACCUGAGGAAGUUCUAAUUGUGGAGAACGACGAGGGCGAAAUCGUGCGCGAGUUUGUAAAGGAGAGCGAUACUAUCCAGCUCUACAAAUCUACGCGAGAAUGCUUGGUGUUCUUAACACACUUGGACGUCAACGACACCGAGCAAAUCAUGUCUGAAAAACUAGCUCGACAAGUCGACGGGACCGAAUGGUCUUGGGCGAAUUGCAAUACGCUGUGUUGGGCCAUCGGUUCCAUCUCUGGUGCUAUGAAUGAGGAGACUGAGAAGCGAUUCCUUGUCACCGUGAUCAAGGAUCUUCUGGGCCUGACGGAGAUGAAGCGUGGCAAAGACAACAAGGCUGUGGUCGCCAGUAACAUCAUGUAUAUCGUCGGCCAAUACCCUCGUUUCCUUAAGGCGCAUUGGAAGUUUCUCAAGACUGUCGUCAACAAAUUAUUUGAGUUUAUGCAUGAAACGCACGAAGGUGUGCAGGACAUGGCUUGCGACACUUUCAUCAAGAUCGCCAAUAAAUGCAGGCGGCACUUUGUCGCUCUUCAGCCCGGCGAGUCGGAGCCGUUUAUUGACGAAAUCGUGAGGACGUUGAGGAAGAUUACCGCAGACCUUUCUCCACAACAAGUGCACACUUUUUACGAAGCGUGCGGUUACAUGAUCAGUGCGCAAGGCCAGAAGGGCAUUCAGGAGCGACUGAUUAGCGACUUGAUGGAGCUUCCAAACCAAGCGUGGGAUAAUAUUAUUGCUCAAGCAAACCAAGAUCCGACCUGUCUCCAUGACGGAGAUGUUAUCAAGAUUAUUGGCAACAUCAUGAAGACUAACGUGGCCGCUUGUAGCUCAAUAGGGCCAUAUUUUUAUCCCCAAAUCGGGCGCAUCUACUUCGACAUGUUGACAAUGUACCGAGCAAGCAGCAAUCUGAUUGACGAAGCUGUUCAGCGGGAAGGAAACAUCGCCACAAAGAUGCCGAAAGUCCGUGGACUUCGCACCAUCAAGAAAGAGAUCCUCAAGCUCAUCAACACCUACGUUGAAAAGGCAGAUGAUUUGGACAUGAUCCAGAGGAACCUCGUUCCUAAGCUUCUCGAAGCCGUCCUCAUCGACUACAAGAACAAUGUCCCCGAUGCCCGUGAAGCAGAGGUCUUGAAUGUCAUGACGACAAUUAUCAACAAACUCCACAGUAUGAUGGAGGACCAAAUCUUGAAUAUUAUGGACAGCGUUUUCGAGUGUACCUUGGAAAUGAUCAACAAAGACUUUUCUGAGUACCCCGAACAUCGAGUUGAAUUCUUCAAACUGUUACGGACAAUCAAUCUUCGCUGCUUCCCCGCCCUGCUUCGACUUGAUCCGCGGUCGUUCAAAUUCGUUAUUGAUUCGUGCAUGUGGGCGAGCAAACACGAUAAUCGCGAGGUGGAGAGUGCAGGUCUUUCCAUGUGCUUCGAGCUGAUAUCGAACAUGUCCGAGACCGAUACGCAAACCUGCAACAUGUUCUUCCAGACAUUCUACACGACUAUUCUCCAGGACGUCUUCUUUGUUCUUACGGAUAGCGACCACAAGGCCGGAUUUAAGUCACAGUCCAUGCUGUUAGCGAAGAUGUUCUGGCUUGUUGAUUCCAAUAAGUUAGAGGGGCCCAUUUAUUCUCCUGAAUUGGCUGCUGCUGGUACACCGAACCGGGAGUUCUUGCGAAACUUUGUGGGCAGCUUACUGUCAAAUGCUUUUCCCAAUCUUCAGAACGUCCAAAUUGCUUCGUUCAUCGAUGGACUUUUCGCUACCAACGGAGACCUCAACAAGUUCAAGGUGAUCCUCCGCGACUUCCUCAUCUCGUUGAAAGAGUUUUCGGGCGAUAACGCCGAGCUUUUCGCAGAGGAGCGUGAGCAGGCUGCCAGUCGGGUAAAAGAACAAGAGCGCGAACGUGCCAUGAAGGUUGGAGGCCUGCUGAAACCGUCUGAGAUGGACGAUGACGAACUGUGACUGGAUCAAGAUUUGAAUGCUGGUGCAGCAACCCGCACGCCGUGGGACAAACUCAAAGUUGAUUCUGAGUUUGCAGGUAAACAUAUCAACACGAAGCUUUCGGAGAACUUUGAUGGAUGGGACGCCUAUGGCCUUUGAGGACGCCAAUUUUGGACGAUUGAUCGGUCAAUAACAAGCAUCGGUACCAUGGCGGUCCCUUUUCGUUUCACCGUUGGUGCAUAGGCAAAAGCAUGGGCCUGGAGGUUGGCUCGGCUUGAUUUGUGUAUCGAAAAGCAUGGGAUGUUACCGGGUCCGAGAUAUCCAGAAGAUGGCGAGCAAUAGAUG